AUGCCCGCCGCCAUGCCCGCCGCCAUGCCCGCUGGUCUCAUGGCCAUCAUCACUGUUGUGGCCGUUCUCGUUCCGGCCGGCGUGAUCCUCUACAAAAAGAAGCCCGCCCUCUUCACCGCGGAAAACGUCCUGGAACUCCUGGAUUUCUCGGUCAAAGUACUGGAGAAAGUUUUCGCGAUCCUGGAGGUGAUCAAGAAGAUCACCGACAUUGCAGUGGAAAUUCUGGAGGCAUACAACAAGAUGAAGGAGGCGCAGAAGGCAGCCCAAGCCCAAUGGAAACUUCAAAAUGUUUCGGGAAGGUUGUUACUAUCGGGGAUGCGGGAUGGGCCAGGCCGGGGGAAUAUGAUUCAAUAA